AUGGAGAAAGCAAUUCUCAUAAUGUUUCUCGUAGCAACAUCAAUGGCUUACCAAACUCUCGCUCAGGAAGAAGAGAUCAGUCCAUCUCCACAACAAUUUGUAGACGUACCAGCUGCUGUUUACGACCAUGAACUCUUAAGCCACAUGACGACACAACGCGUCAGAUUUCUCCAAGAUUGUUCGGACAAAUUGAGCUCGAAAUGCGGAAUCGAAAUGACCGAAGGAUUGGUCAACGACAAGGCCGUGUCCGAGGAAUGUUGUAAGGACAUUUUGAAGAUUGGAAGAGAAUGUCACGAAGGAUUGAUGAAUUUGGUUUUCUCAACUUAUGAGUUAAAGGAUAUUGCUAAUGAGAUUCUUCCUCGGAGCAAACGGAUUUGGAACCAAUGUGUUCAAACUACUGCUGCUAGGAUCGGUGUACCUUUUACUUUUGAAACUUGA